CCCGGAGCGCGCGGGGCGGGGCUCCGGCGUAGCCAGCUACCCGUUGAGCUUGCUGGUGCUCAGCGUCGGGCGCGGGAUCCAACUCCAGCGGCAUGGGGCCGGGCGGCGUGGCCGACUCGCUCCUCUCUGGAGCUUGCGUGCUCUUCACCCUCGGCAUGUUCUCCACCGGCCUCUCGGACCUCAGGCAUAUGCAGAUGACCCGGAGCGUGGACAGCGUCCAGUUCCUGCCCUUUCUCACCACGGAUAUCAACAACCUGAGCUGGCUGAGUUACGGGGUCUUGAAGGGAGACGGGACCCUCAUCGUGGUCAACGCCGUAGGUGCUGUGCUUCAGACUCUGUAUAUCUUGGUGUAUCUUCACUACAGCCCUCAGAAGCGUGCUGUGCUCCUACAGACUGCAACCCUGCUGGGGGUACUUCUCAUAGGUUAUGGCUACUUUUGGCUCCUGGUGCCUGACCUUGAGGCUCAGCUGCAGCAGCUGGGCCUCUUCUGCAGUGUCUUCACCAUCAGCAUGUACCUCUCACCACUGGCUGAUUUGGCCAAGGUUAUUCAGACUAAAUCAACCCAGUGUCUCUCCUUCUCACUCACCAUUGCCACCCUCCUUACCUCUUCCUCCUGGUCCCUCUAUGGGUUUCGCCUCAAAGAUCCCUACAUCAUGGUGCCCAACCUUCCAGGAAUCCUUACAAGCUUUAUCCGCCUCUGGCUUUUCUGGAAGUACCCCCAGAAGCAAGACAGAAACUAUCGGCUCCUGCAAACCUGAGGCAGUUCACCUGACCAUUGGGCACUUUAAUGCCAACUUGAUACCAAAGCAAGCUCCUUGUUUUGACUGGUCCUGGUAACCAGUUCAUGGGUGCAGUACGUUGUGGGAAAGAGAGGACUUUGGGAUUAGAGGGAUCAAAGAAAGAGCUUUACUUAGCUCAGGUGGGACCUAGGAGAUGAAAUCACUUUUUUUUUUGAGAGAGAGAGAUAUUAUCUUUUGUAAUUAUGAAGGUUGGGGUGAUAUCUUUAGAAUGUGCCUUAAAAUAAACUGUUCCCCACCCAUGCC